ACAAAGUUUAGUUGAAAAAAACCAAAGUAAAGUGAAAGGCAGAGAAAUAUGGAUCCCCCUCAAUUGCCAACGAUUCCAGAAUUUUUCCGUGAUCGUGAAAUUUUCAUCACUGGAGGUACGGGAUCGUUUGGGAAAGCGAUCAUUGAAAAGAUCCUCUAUUCCUGUCCCGAUAUCCGGAGGAUCUACUUACUAGUGCGAUGCAAGAAAGGCGUUGAAGCGCGUGAUCGUAUUGAGAAAUUUAAAUCAAAUCAGAUCUUCGAUCGCAUCAGGGCAAAAGAUGACAAAGUUUUGGAUAAGUUAAUUCCUCUUGGGGGGAAUUCAAUGAGCCUCCAACUAGGAUUAAGUGAAGAAGAUCUUGCAAAGAUGGCGAACGUGUCUGUGAUCAUAAAUAGUGCUGCGAGUAUACGAUUCGAUGAACCUCUCCGGGAUGCGAUCUUGAUGAAUACGCGAAGUGCUCGAGAGCUCGUAGUGAUCGCGCAGAAGCUGAAGAAUCUCAAAGUUCUCAUCCAUAUCUCAACAACGUACUGCAAUCCUAGCUAUAAAGUGAUCGAAGAGAAGGUUUAUCCUCCUCUAGCUGACUGGCGUCAGGCCAUUAAGCUUGCUGAAAAUCUCGAUUCAGAGAUAUUUAAUUUUCUUGCUGCAAAGUACACGAGCUUCCAGCCAAACACAUACACAUUUACAAAGAGCCUUGCGGAGCAGAUCAUGAAGGAAUAUUCAGAAAAACUUCCCAUAGUUAUCUUUCGUCCAUCUAUAAUAUCUACUUCCAUUAAGGAACCUUUUUCUGGGUGGGUGGAUAAUUACAAUGGCUUCACAGGGAUCGUAACUGCAAUAGGAACUGGCCUAGUUAGAGUCAUGUAUACAAAUAUUUCAAUCAAGUGCAAUUACCAACCACUGGAUGUUUGUGUCCGAUCUCUUCUCGUGGCCAUUUGGAAGCAUAGUGUAGUCCCAACAACCAACAUGAUUACCUACAAUUGCGCCUGCUCCAAAGAAAAAGAAAUCAUGUGUGGCAGUCUCUUCCACCAUUGCUUCAACAUAGCUAAGGACAUACCCCUAGAUGAGACAAUGUGGUUACCUAAUCUCACUGUAAUUUCAUACAAACUUCUCUACAAGAUAACGGUCAUAUUCCUUCAAGUAAUCCCAGGAAUUUUCUUCAACGUGAUCUUAAGAAUGAUGAAAAAGAAGUCCAUUGCUCUGAACAUUAUGAGGAAAUUUCAUUUUGCUUCUUUCUCAAUUUCAUACUUUAUGUUCAAUGAAUGGCUUUUUGUGAAUGAUAAUUUCUUCAAUCUAAUGAACGACAUCAAGCUUGAAGACAUGGAAGAGUUUUCAUUUGACUUCUACGAGGCUUUAGAGGAGGGAAGGUAUUUGUACAAUUCAUUGCGUGGUACUAGAAAAUACCUCAUGGGGCAAAAAGAGGAGAGUAUUCCACGUGCUAGAACGACCUAUAGAAUUCUUUGGGUUCUGGAUAGUGCUGUUAAAAUAAUUUUCUGGUUUGUAGUUUUGUGGUUCCUUUUGAAGCGUUAUGAUCUGUUUCUUUCUAAUAAAACUAAUUAAACUAUU